GCAUCCAGCGGAAGUAAAAGUAAACAAAACCAGCGGUAGCUGCGUUAGCUCUGUGGAUGUUUGACGUUGGCUGGGAAAUUAUGGCUUUGUUGCCUCGAUAAAAUUAUUCACUCAUAAUUACAAAAAAAUGUCUACAGUUGAGUAUUUGAGGGAGUUUGUCAGUGAGAGACUAACUGCUGCUGCUGAAGAAAUAUUCGGAGUUUUUAAAAGAACCAUCGUCGAGUACGAAGAAGAGCUCGAGCGUCAGCGCAGACUGCUGGACAGCGUUUGGAAACCAGAGAUAAGGUUACACAGGACAGAGCUCCCACAGCAACAUGUCUGUAAGGAGGAGGAGGUUCCUGCUGAGCAGCAGCUCUGUAUUCAGGAGAGGAGCUCCAGUCUGGACCAGGAGGAGCCAGAGCCUCCUCAGAUCAAAGAGGAGCAGGAGGGACUCUGCAGCAGUCAGCAGGGAGAGCAGCUCCUGCUGAAUAAGGAGACUGUUGCCUUCAUGUUGACUCCUACUCAUGAGGAAAGUGACCUCAGUGAAGAUCAGACUCUGAGCUUUAAUCCUGAUGACACUAUAAGUGCAUCAGAGACAGAGUCUGUAGACAACAUACCAGUUAUAACCUACGUGAUACCAGAAACAAAUAGUGACCACCAGCUCCGCUCUGACAGCUAUCAUGUAGCUGAGAGCCAAAAUCAGACAGGAGGUGAGCACGGAGACUCAGAAUCAACUACAAAUGCAGAGCUUCAUCCAAACAAAAGACAUGACAGCAAUAGUCAAAGAAACAAUGAAUAUGACUCAACUGUGUCAAAUAUUCACCUCAAUGCUUACACGGAUGAAAAGUCUUUCAAAUGUGACACUUGUGGGAAAGCUUUUAAGUUUAAGUGCCGUUUGCAUGACCACCUGAGACUUCACACAGGUGAGAAGCCAUUUUCUUGCCAAACAUGUGGAAAAGACUUCUGUUCUAAUAGUGGCCUGAUGUACCACAUGAGGAUCCACACAGGUGAGAAGCUGUACCUUUGCAACAUCUGCGGCAAAAAACUUUGUCACAUGACCGCACUGAGAAGGCACAUGAGGAUACACACAGACGAGAAGCCAUUUACUUGCGAAACAUGUGGGAAACAUUUCAGAACUUGUAGUAACUUGACGCUUCACAUGAGAAUCCACACAGGUGAGAAGCCGCAUACUUGUGAAACAUGUGGGAAAGAUUUCAGACGCAACGCCGACUUGACAGUUCACAUGAGAAUCCACACAGGUGAGAAGCCGUACACGUGUAAAACGUGCGGGAGAGCUUUCAGAACUAGCGGUAACUUGACAUUGCACAUGAGGAUCCACACGGGUGAGAAGCCGCACACUUGCAAAACGUGUGGGAGAGCUUUCAGAACUCCGAGCAACCUGACGCUCCACAUGAGAAUCCACACAGGCGAGAGGCCUUAUUCCUGCAAAACCUGUGGGAAAGGUUUCCAGCACAGUGGGGGCUUGUUGGUUCACAUGAGAAUACACACGGGUGAGAAGCCGUUUUCGUGCAAAAUGUGUGGGAGAGCUUUCAGACAGAAAUGUGAUUUGAAAGUCCACAUGAAAAUCCACAAAUCAGCUGUAAGUUUGGAAGAAGGAGAUGAUGGUUUAGUUGUUGCGAAGAUAAAUAUUUCACUUAUAAUUUGUCAAAAAAUGUCCUCAGUUGAGUAUUUGAGAGAGUUUGUCAGUGAGAGACUAACUGCUGCUGCUGAAGAAAUAUUCCGAGUUUUUAAAAGAACCAUCGUCGAGUACGAAGAAGAGCUCGAGCGUCAGCGCAGACUGCUGGACAUCGUUUGGAAACCAGAAAUAAAGUUACACAGGACAGAGCUCCCACAGCAACAUGUCUGUAAGGAGGAGGAGGUUCCUGCUGAGCAGCAGCUCUGUAUUCAGGAGAGGAGCUCCAGUCUGGACCAGGAGGAGCCAGAGCCUCCUCAGAUUAAAGAGGAGCAGGAGGAGCUCUGCAGCAGUCAGCAGGGAGAGCAGUUCGUACUGAAGCAGGAGACUGAUGCUGUCCUGUUGACUCCUACUCAUGAGGGAAGUGACCGCAGUGAAGAUCAGACUCUGAACCUUAGUAUUGAUGUAACUCAGAGUUUUGUGGAAGGAAAGACUCUAAACUUCAUUCCAGUUUUAAGCUCUGUGGGAUCAGAAACAAACAGUGACCACCAGCUUUUCUCUCAAAACUCUCAUGAAGCUGAGAGUCAAAAUCAGAAAGGAGGCGAGCAUGGAGACUCAGGAUCAACUCUUCACCCAAAGCAAAAACAUCAUGAAAGCAGUGGUCACAGUAACAACGCAUACUACUCAACCCUGUCAAAUAUUCAUCAUAAUACUCAAACAGGUAAAACACUUUUUCAAUGUGUUGCUUGUGGGAAAGCUUUUAAGUUUAAGUCCCAGUUGUAUAUACACCUGAGGAUCCACACAGGUGAGAAGCCACAUACCUGCAACGUGUGUGGGGAAAGCUUCAGAUACGCAUCAAUACUAAACGCACAUCUAAGAAUCCACACUGGCGAGAAGCCGUUUUGUUGCAAAAUAUGUGGAAGAGAUUUCCAGUUUAACAGCGGCUUGUUGUACCACAUGAGAAUCCACACGGGAGAGAAGCCGUACCUUUGCAAGACCUGUGGGAAAAGAUUCAGAGAGAUAUCCGUACUGAACAGGCACGUGAGAAUCCACACAGGUGAGAAGCCAUUUACUUGUAAAACAUGUGGGAACGGCUUCACUCGAAAUGCUGACUUAAAAGUCCACAUGAGAAUCCACUCGGGUGAGAAGCCGUAUAUAUGUGAAACGUGUGGGAAAGAUUUCAGAUCUAGCAGCAGCUUGAAAAGCCACAUGAAGAGAACUCACAGGUGAAAAGCUGCAUCGCUGCCGCUCAGAGGCUCCGGUUGUUGUUGCGCUCAUUCAGCUGAAAAUUGGUUUAUUUGGAAAACAUUUGGAAAAGAUUGCAGGACGAGUGGUGGCUUGUUGAUUCACAUGAGAAGACACUGACGAGACACGCCGGCUGCUGAUGGUCCAGACAGAAGAGUUUGAGUUUCUCAGAGUGCAGACUGCAGAGAGCUUCUGUUGAAACUGUC